AUGGAUAUUUCUAGGCUCAUGACUUAUGCCGAGCAAAUUGAAGGGGGGAAGCUUAAGGAGAGGAAGGUAAGGGAGUCCAAGGGGGCUCAGUAUGAAAGUGGGUUUUCUCAUUCAAAAUCCAGUAAUGGUAAUGGACAUUUCCAACAAUGCCAAAAGUUUCAAGGCCAAGGUUCUUCACAAGCUCUGGGUCAAAGGUUUGAUAAGGAUAGGGCCUCCAAUCCUAAGGCACAAGGUGGUGUUAGUGGAUCUACUCUUUCAACGUGUACCAAGUGUAGGAGAAAUCAUGGAGGUAAAUGUUUGGUUGGUAGGGGUGCCUUCUAUGGAUGCGGUAAGAUGGGGCACAAGAUUUCUCAUUGCCCUAACAAGGGGAGAGAAGGGCAUCCUCAAAGUCAAACUACUCAUGAUGGACAAGCUCCACAAGGUGGUGGUCCACACCAAAAUAGGUUCUAUGUUGUUCAAGAUAGGUUAGAGGUUGAGGAGUCUCCCAAUGUGGUCACGGGAUUUCUAGGGAUAAAAAAGCCUUCUUUUUCUCCUCAACUCUUCUCUUCUCCUAGCUGCUCUUUAGUCUUUGCUGCUGCUGUCCAUUCGUCACUGCCAGUUGCUGCCAGUUGCUGUCCGUUGCCGCUGCGCCUGCUCAUUGCUGACUUGCUUCUCAACUAUCAAGCUUCAAUGAAGAAGUAUUUCACCAAAGUUUCGAAAUCAAGUUUAGCCUCUCAUAGUCAUAGUCAAUCUAACCAAGAAGAAAAUGCUAAUCAUUCGGAAAUAUCAUUACACUCUUCUCAAGAAUUUGAUUUGGAUUCUUUAAAGUUUGAUCCUGGUGAAAGAAUCUCAAUAUUGAACUAUCAUCCAAAUCAUCGUGAUGUUAUUAGAAGAACAUACCUUUUGAAUGGUCCUUGCCAACCUCGUCUAGCGGUGCAUGAGUAUCCUCAAACAAAUAUUUCUGGAUCAAUACGUCGUUUUAAUCAUGAAUGGUUUGAUGAUGUAUAUCAUGAUUGGUUGGAGUAUAGUGUUAGCAAAGAUGCAGUCUAUUGUUUGUAUUGUUAUCUAUUUAAAGACCAUAACAUUCAUCAAGGAGGAGGUGAAGUAUUUUCAAGUGUUGGGUUUAAGAGUUGGAAUAAAAAGAGUAGUCUUGACAAACAUAUUGGUCUACCAAAUAGCAUUCAUAAUCAAUCAAAAAAGAAAUGUCAAGAUUUAUUACGACAACGGCAGUCUAUUCAAUUUGCAUUUGAGAGGCAAUCUAAUCAACUCAAGUAUGGAUAUUGGAUUCGCUUAAGUGCUUCGGUUGAUGUAGUAAGACUUCUCAUAACUCAGGGAUUUGCAUUUCGAGGUCAUGAUGAAUCUAAAUCAUCACUUAGUAGGGGUAACUUUCUUGAAAUUCUCUCAUGGUAUGCAAAAAAAUGUGAUAAAAUAUGUGAUUAUGUACUAGAACAUGCUCCUAAAAAUGAUCAAAUGAUUUCUCCAAUAAUUCAAAAAGAUAUUGUGAGUGCAUGUAAAAUAGAGACCGUUAAAGCUAUUCUUGAGGAAUUAAAUGGUGAUUACUUUGCCUUGCUAGUUGAUGAAUCCUUUGAUGUGUCACGCAAAGAGCAAAUGGCUAUUGUAUUUCGAUAUAUUGAUAGAAAGGGAUUUGUGAUGGAACGACUUAUUGACAUUGUUCAUGUUCAAGAUACUAGUGCUUCAUCUCUAAAGGAGGCAAUUGUUAAUUUACUUGCUAAACAUUCUUUGAGUCCAUCAAGUGUGCGUGGACAAUGUUAUGAUGGUGCAAGCAAUAUGCAAGGUGAGAUCAAUGGCCUUAAAAUGUUGAUUAGGCAAGAAAGUAGAUCGGCUCAUUCCAUCCAUUGUUUUGCUCAUCAACUUCAACUAACUCUUGUUGGGGUCUCUAAAAAGUGUGUUGAAGUGGGAAAACUUGUAGUAUUGGUCUCAAAUAUUUUAAAUGUAUUGGGAUCUUCUUUCAAAUGUAUGGAUGAAUUACGUGAUUCUCAAAAAGAAACGAUUAAAGAGGCAUUAGAUAUGGGUGAACUUACAACCGGUAGGGGCUUGAAUCAACAACUUGGUCUUUCAAGAGCUUGUGACACUCGUUGGGGAUCUCAUUAUAAAUCCUUUAAUAAUUUUAUUAUUAUGUUUGGCUCUAUUCUUGAUGUUCUUGAAUCACUUGCUCUUGAUGCACGAAAUAUGGAUGAAAGAGCUAAGGCAAUGGGACAUCUCGAAGCUUGCCGAACAUAUGAGGUUGCGUUCAUGUUGCAUUUGAUGAGAGAUGUCUUAGCAAUUACAAAUGAGCUUAAUAAAUGCUUACAAAAAAAGGAGCAAGAUAUUGCAAAUGCCAUGCUACUUGUUGAAGUAGCAAAGAGAAGGUUGCAAGUUUUAAGGGAUGAUGAAUGGGACUCUCUUAUUGCUAAGGUAUCUACAUUUUGUAUCAAACAUGAUGUUUUGAUACCUAACUUUGAGGAGCCAUAUGUUAGCUCUUUAAGAUCACGACGAAAUCUUGCUAACUAUACAAUCUUACAUCAUUAUCGUGUUGAAGUUUUUUGCAAUAUUAUUGAUUGGCAACUUCAAGAACUUAAUGGUCGUUUUGAUGAGGUGACUACCGAUUUGCUCCAUGGAAUUGCUUGCUUAAAUCCAAUUAACUCAUUUUCAAGUUUUGACAUUAAAAAAGUAAUGAGAAUGGCAAAAUUAUAUCCGGAUGACUUUGAUGAAUCUAAUAUGAGUGCUCUUGAGAAUCAACUUGCAAGUUAUGUUGUAGAUGUUCGUGAUGUUGAUGAAAGGUUCUCCGAUCUAAAUGGGCUUUGUGAUCUUUCCAAAAUACUAAUUCAGACAAAGAAACAUUCUACUUAUCCUUUGGUAUUCCGCUUAGUGAAACUUGCUCUACUUCUACCAGUUGCCACUGCCUCCGUUGAAAGAGCUUUUUCGGCAAUGAAGUAUAUCAAGAAUGACUUGCGGAGCAAAAUGAGUGAUGAUUUUUUUAGUGGUUGUUUGGUGCCUUAUUUAGAAAAAGAUGUAUUUGAUAGUAUUUCUAAUGAUGCUAUUAUUAAGACAUUUCAAGAUAUGAAACCUCGUAGAGUACAAUUGUAGAUUUGUAGUAGUGUAUGUAGUUGAAUUUCAAUUGUAAAACAAUGUUUUGAUAGGCUUAUUAUUA